AUGGAAAUGCAUGGCAUGGACAAGGAUAUUGGCGAACCGAAGUCGCUGGAUCGGGGACCGCCUCCCUGGCGCACCGCAGGGGCCGAGGCCGAUGCCUCUCACGAGGCGGACCCGCCGCCCUGGCGACGGCGCAAGGAUCGACUUGACAAGGAGCUCCGGCAGGAGCGGGAUGAGCGGCGGGACCGCGAGCUGCAGCAGGAGGAGCACAAGAGUUCCGUCCCGGCAGUGGCAAGCCCGGAGGCGCAGGCCCCGAGCGCUCCGCUGAAACCGGCUCCUCAAGAUCCACCACGGGUCUUUGCGAUCGGUGAGAAAGUUCGCUACUGGAGCGGGACGCACCGCAAGUGGGUCGAAGCCCACGUCCAAAGAGUGAACCGGGAUGCCGACGGCGAGCUGCUGUCCUACGACCUUACCGCGAGGGCUCAGGCAGAGAUCGCAAGGGUCAAGGAUGCCAGCACCGCCGAGGAUGCGCCAGCUCCAGCAGCCCGGAGCUCUACGGGUGCAGGAGAUGAGAUCCCAGAGGCAAAGAAGGUUACGGAGGAUCUCCAGGUUCGGGACCAGGCUGUUGGUGAUGGAGACAGCCACGAGGCUCGCUUCGAAAAUGGGGAGGAGGUGCAGUAUUUCAGCGAGACGAAGGAACGAUGGAUCGACGCUGUCGUGGAAGGCCACCACGCCAAGGACGGGGCCAUCGUCGCGUACGACCUCAAUUGCAAGAAGGGGGUUCCGGCUGAGCGGCUGCGCCACUCUGGGGUCCAGUACAAAGUAGGCGAGCUGGUGGAAUACUGGAGCGCCUCGGGACAUCGGUGGAUGCCUGCGAAGGUGGAGCGGCUGAAUUUGGAGGCACGGGCCUGUGACCUGGACGUGAAGCCGGGAGCUCCCCUGAACCGAGUCCGCAAGGUCUCGGGCACGUCGGAAGCUUCCGCCUCGCUGCUGAAGGCUCCGCGGCCUUUGCUGGGCCCGAUCCUGGCCCACAACGUCGACGUGCCUCCUCCUCCGCUGGCCUGUGGCUUCAAAGCCGGAGACCAGGUGCAGUACUUCAGCGAGACGAAGCAGAGGUGGGUGGAGACGCUGGUGCUCCGCAUGUUCGAACUGGAGGGAAACAUCUGCUACGACCUGGACUGCAAGAAGGGAGUCUCCGCCGACAAGGUCCGCUCCUCGCCACGGGCCUCCCAAGAGCGCUACGAGGUCGGCGAGCAAGUGGAGUACUGGAGCGUCUCGGCGGGCCGGUGGCUGCCUGCGAAGGUCCAGGCCGUUCGGUUGGACCUCGGCCGCUGCGACCUCGACAUCAAGUUGGCCGCGCCUAUCGGAAGAAUCCGGCGACCGAUUGGUCACGCCACGGCCCCCAAGCCAGUGUCGGUGCCGGCAGUGCCUGCAGUGCCUGCGCCCGAGCCGAUGCCAGUGAUGCCUGUGCCCGCUUCAACCCCGACGCCUCCUCCGGCGCGCCGUCGCAAGCCUCUGCCGCAGCCACCAGCAAAACCGGAGCCCCCGGUGGAGAUGGCCGUGUGCUUGUCCGAGGAGGAGGAUGAAGUGCCUCCCAUGCCGCACGAUCUGCGAAAGCCGCUCCCACCCCCGCCGCCCAUGCCGCUGCCCCUUCCAGUUCAAGCUGCGCAGCCAACGCAGGAGCCAACAAAGCCCAGCGAAACCGAGGCCCAGAAGCAGGACCCCGAGAAGAGGGACGCUUCUCCUUCCCCGUCUCCGGCUGCAAAGGAGCCUGCAGAGGAGGCUGUGAGGAAGUCGCCAGAACCGGAGCCUGUGAGGCAGAAGUCCCCGAGUCAGGAUUCAAGCCAGGAGUCUGAGGAGGAGGAGGAGGAGGCGAGGAAGCCGGCAAGGCAAGACAUGGAGAUUACGCGCACUCCGACGCCCCCACGCCACGUGCUCCAAGCGGCCCAACAAGCGAGCCAAGCCUACAGAUCGCCAGUCCAGCUGCAAGGGCCUGACGAGCCAACUUCGCCGGCUGACUGCAUCCGGGUCGAGCUGGAUGAGGAGUCUGAGCCGACAGAAAGACCGCCUAAAGAGGAGGACCAGGCACCAGAGCCAGGGCCUCCUGCAGCGCCUGCAGGGCCUGCAGCCGAGCAACCGCUCAAGCGCCCCCGCGAGCCCAGCGAGCACCUGGACUUCGAGGCCCCGCCCACGCUGCCGCGCUCGGUGCAGGUGGUGGAAGAGCCGUUUGAGCCUGCCCGCCCAUUGCGAGAAAAGCGGCCGAAGGAGAAAGGGCGUCGACGGCGUCGGAAGCACAACCAUGCAGAUGCAGGGCAAGCGGAAGAGAACGGCAUCUCCAAAGAAGCGAGGUCCGAUGUCCUGCCCACGAAUGGUGACGAGGGUCCAGGUCCGGGCCACAGUCGCCGUCGGCGGCGAAGGAGGGAAUCCGAUGCUCCAAGUCCCGGCGCAGGCAAGCCUCCAGGUGAUUACGCGCCUGUGCACGAGGAGCCGGAUGCCCGUGCUGACCACGGAGGAAGGCAGCGGCGCCCAGCACGGAUUUCGGAGCCGACUCAGCCGGAGCAAGGCGCAGGCACGGAUGAGACCAGGCCUAGGCCAGAUCAGUGGCCCAAGCCAGAGUUGCAGCGAGGUGCAAGACGGAGGAUUCCACCUGGAGCCACAGCCAAGGCGUUGCCAUCCCGGCCAAGAGAUGUUCGAGAUCACGAUCGUGGGGAGCGCAAUCCAGCGGAUGGGGGACACCGUGAAGAACUGCUUGGUGCUUGUGAUUUACUUGGCGCUGCCCAAGAUGCCAUGGAGACGGUUGAGUGGCAAAGGUUGGUCAUGGAACAGGAGGAGGCCAUGGCACAACAGCAAGAUUCGGAACAGCCGCCGCGCCCAAGACGAAGGUCUCUGACGCCCCUGGCUCGAAGGCGCGUGCCGCGAGAUGGACGGGAGCUGGGACGAGAAGGAAGGCCUUGGUCUCCCAGAUCCGAGCGAGAUCGAUCAGCUGGCCAAGGCAGGGACCUGCGCCUGAAGAGCCGGUCCCGCUCAAGAAGACGGAACAGGCAGCCUGCGGGGAGGAGGACGUGA